AAAAAAAGAAAUUAUAACCAAAUUCAUGUUUAGUGUAAAGGGUUUUGAAUUGCGCUCCGUGAAGUACCGCCACCCACACCCCGGGCCUGCGUGGGCGUGUGGGCGUCAUGGGUGUGAGUGUGCGUGCGAGCAAGCGGGCGAACACCACAAGGAUGAAAUAUGUAUACAGCAAUAGACCAUGGAAAGUUAUACACGUACAGGAGAGCCUGGCAGAGGUGUUCCGCUGCUUCAUCUGUAUGGAGAAGCUGCAGGAUGCCCACCUCUGCCCGCACUGCUCCAAGCUGUGCUGCUACCUCUGCAUCCGUCGCUGGCUGACGGAGCAGCGGCCUCAGUGCCCUCACUGCCGCGCCAACCUCCACCUGCAUGAGCUGGUGAACUGCCGCUGGGUGGAGGAGGUGACGCAGCAGCUGGACACACUGCAGCAGGCGGGGGUGCGGCCACCACCUCCGGACACAGACAAGGACAAGUGUGAACGUCACCAGGAGAAGCUGAGUGUGUACUGCUGGACCUGUGGCAAGUGCAUCUGUCACCAGUGUGCACUGUGGGGCGGCACACACUCAGGCCACACCUUCAAGCCACUGGAGGAAGUGUAUGAACAGCACACCACACAGAUCAGGGAAGAGGUGGCACAGCUGCGGCGGAGGCUACACGAGUUGGUCUCCUUGGUGCAGGAAGUGGAGAGGAAUGUGGAGUCGGUGAGGGCGGCGAAGGACGAGCGGGUCCGGGAGAUACGAAAUGCUGUGGAGCUGAUGAUCGCUCGGCUUGACUCUCAGCUCAAGUCGAAGUUGCUCACGCUCAUGGGACAGAAAAACUCCCUCACGCAGGAGACGGAGCAGCUGGAGACUCUGCUGCAGGAGAUUGAACACCAGCUGCACACCUGCUCCAAAUCUGAGUUGAUCCAGCGCUCUCCAGACCUUCACUCAAUGAUCACUCCUGUCAACAAGAAGCCCAUGGCCUCCUUUGUCACUGCUCCCGUGCCUGCUGACUUCCAGAGUGAAAUUGUCCCUCAGUACGACAGCAGCACCUUCGUCAUGAACAACUUCUCCCAGCUGCAGCACAAGGCAGACCCUGUGUACUCACCGCCUCUCCAUGUCAACGGUCUCUCCUGGAGACUUAAGGUGUAUCCUGAUGGCAAUGGUGUGGUGCGGGGGAACUACCUGUCAGUCUUCCUGGAGCUGAGCGCUGGACUCCCGGAGACAUCAAAAUACGAGUACAGAGUUGAAAUGAUUCACCAAGGGUCCCGAGAUGCCAGCAAAAAUAUUGUGCGUGAGUUUGCAUCAGACUUUGAAGUGGGCGAGUGCUGGGGCUACAACAGGUUCUUCCGCCUUGACCUGCUGGCCAACGAAGGCUACCUCAACACAGAGACCGACACACUCAUCCUGCGGUUUCAGGUUCGGCCACCCACUUUCUUCCAAAAGUGUCGUGACCAAGUGUGGUACAUUCACCAACUGCAGACCCUUCAAGCUCAGUACAUCCAGCAGAUCAACAACCUGAAGGAGAGAAUAGCCAUUGAACUCUCCCGAAACUCCGUGACAAGCAGCAAGAACCUCAACGCCCCAACUGGCUUUGCCCGGGUGGAGCGGCCACAGUCUGCCUCUCCGAAGCCAAACCCCAUCACCCAGCACCCCCACCACCCCCACCCACUACCCCAGGCCAAACCACAGAGGACUCACCACAUCAACAAGAGUGUGGACCCAGUGGAGCUUGAAGCAGAGAGGCAGUCCACUAGUUCGUCUGAUACUGAGGAUCUGAGUGAGGGUGAGCUGAAUGACCAGGAGGAGGGCCCGGACCACAGCGUCACCACGGCGGAGUAUGGCAGCAAUGACGAGAAUGAUGUGGAUGAUGAAACGAUGAGUGGAGACAACGACGUGGAGCACUCAGCAGCGUCCUCCCUCCUGGCCAGCCUGCACGAGGCAUCAGCGCUGCAUGAGGGGCCCAUCCUCAACCACAACCAGUCCCACAGCUCCAGCUUCCUCUCAGACCUGGACUCCCUCACAGAACAACUUGGGGCUGUUGGCAGCAGCAUCCAGCCAGACCUCAGCUCCCCCCAGGGUGACGAGAUGAUGCUGCUGCACCUGCUGGAGAUGCAGGGGCGGGGUGGCCCCGACCACCGCAGACCCUGGAGCAAGCCGGGCCUGGGAGGCAUCAGUUCAAGACACAAGUCAAACCGCAUGGUGCGUAAGCCUCUGCUGCCCAUCGCCUCCAGUGUGCUGGACACACUGCAGCUAGACAUGGCAACACUGCUUCAGACCAGCCUGCCCUCCCACAGUGGCCUCUCAUCCCUCCAGACCCACCCAGGCUUGCCAGACCACGACCGCUCCGUGCCUCACCCACAGCACCCACACACGCUCACUGCAUCCAGCACCACCUCCAAGAGUGGGUAUCGGCCACCCCUCGCUCCCCGCCCACCCCUUUACACCCACCACUUGGCUGAGGAGGCCAAGAAGGAGGCUCAGUCCGUCCCCAGUGUGGCAGACAAGGACCUGAGUGAGUCAUCCAUGUGUGACCUCUCGCUGGAUCCUGUCUCCCUCUCCGACAUGACCCUGGAGGAGGGGCCACUCUCAGGGGCAGAGGAACCUGAGACCCUUGGAGCAUCAGCAGCAGCCACCGCCAUGACAUCCACAGUGACAGUGGCAGGACAGGCGUCUGGGAGUGGAGGAGGACCUGUGGCUGGUGAUGGGGACGCCAAUGUGAGCUCAGACCAACCCAGCGGCUACGUCAGCGACGGCGGAACUGAGGUACCUUGCAUCCCCGCCCUCAACACAGCAAGGCUCGUCGCACGCAUGAACAAAAUGGCAGAAACCAAAGGAAGUGAAAAGGUGGGGUGGGCAGCGGCAGCCGCUGGCCUCCCGUUUGCCCUUGGCUUCAAGAUGCCCGCAGAGAAGCACACCCAGGACAAAGCUCAGGACAAAAGCAGGGACAAGGAUGACAGCAGGAGACCAACUAAAGAUGAAAAAUGACAAUAAGGUGGAUCACAGCAACAACUCAGAUGACGAGGCCGAGAGUGCGAGUGCCAAGUAAUGCCACACCCCCGUCAAGAAUGCAAGCGAGGACAGAAGCAGGAAACAUAGAGAAGAGGAGGAGGAUAUACAUAGAAAAUGGCAUGUCCAAGGAUGCAUAUCUUCCAUGUUUUGUGAGUGUGUCAACUCCUGACAUGAGGUCUGUGCUUGUCUACCCACAGCACAGCUACUGCAGCUUUGGGAUCUGCAGUGUAACAGGCUGUAAAUUACUAUAUCUAUGAACCUAAAUCAGCAGAAGAGAAAGGUUAAAUAGGUAGAAAAUUAAUGCACCCCUCAUCAUGGCUUCCACUGGAAUAACAAGUCAAAAAGUACAAGUUUGAAACAUGCUUUACCAUGGAAAACUCACCAUUCACAGGAAAUUUCACAGAUUGCUUUGACAAAUGUACAAAAGCACCUGCUAUGAUCGAGGACUUUUGGAAGGCCUGAAAAUGUUGUUGGCACUUGUAUGGUAGUGAAUUAAAAACUCCAUUUUUAUGAGAAGCUAGGCAUUCUAAGCUACCAUUAAGAAAGAAGAGUUGUACAUUUCAUUAAUAUUUAUUUUCCUAUAUAUUUUCUUAAUUUCUUUCUUAAAUUCAUCUUGGCAUUAAAUUUGAACCAUAUUGGUCACUAUUCCUUUGUUUUGUACAUUUGAUAGGCGCUACCCUAGUUGACUACUGCAUUUCCUAAGGACCAGUUAGCCGAGUACAAUGAUCAGGAUAAUUUAUGGGAUCACUUUAUUUUUAUGGACUGUAAUUGAAUUGAAACAGUGUGUUCAGUGUUCUGAAGCUUUAAGUUUAAAGAAACUCAAGCAAGGGUUCUGAGGUAUGUAUGAGUAAUUUGUGUUUAAUGUUUCUUGUGAAUUACAGUUGGAGAUAAAAUGGGAAAAAAACUUAUGAUUAAAAUGAGAAGUGGAAUAUUUGACAAUCUCUGGCACUGCUCACUACUUGUACCUACACUUUCAUUUAGGAGUAUUGAAUAUUCUUUAAAAAAUUUUGAUGUCACAAAUAUUUGAAAUAUUUGAUGAGCUUCAAGUUGAUUGGUCAUAGGCACUGCUCCCUUUGUGUGUGUGUGUGUGUGUGUGUGUGUGUGUGUGUGUGUGUGUGUGUGUGUGUGUGUGUGUGUGUGUGUGUGUGUGUGUGUGUGUGUGUGUGUGUUACUGGAGGCAUUCCUAUGGUCCUUAGGCUAUGGCACUGUUAAUGUGUGUGUACUGUGUACGUACUACUGUGUAGGAAUUAGAUUCUUGCCCCGACAGGUUUGUAACUUGUCAGUGUUAGAAUUGAUGAUUGGUAAUGACUGUGUGUUGCACUCUGGUGCUGCACCAUCUGGGGUCACAGUGUGGAGGGCCUGGGAGGAAGCAGCGUGAUUGUACUCCUAUUGAAGGCAGACGUCAUGGUUUGCUGCAUACAUGUACUAUGUUAUUCUGUAAAACUUGUUGAAAUGUUGGAUGAAAUUUAUUUGUUUUUGUAAAGUUUAGUUGAGAUUUGCUGUUCAGUUAUUGGUGCUGUCAUUUAUGUUUCAGUUCUCACAGGUUUACUUAAAAGUACAUUUUAGAAAUAGUGCUGGGGAAAGGUUGCAUUUUUCUCCCUGUGAAUUCUAUACUUAAUGUAUGUACCAUAAGGUCUUAGGCAGCCGAAGCAAAUGUUUCUCUAGUUUCAUACUUUUUGUACAAAUGCUUUACUUAUUUUACUUAUGAUAUUAUUUGAUUUUUUUGUACCAGAAAUAUUUAUUUUACAGAUGUAUGAGAAUAAACUGCAAAUUUACUUA